AUGGCCGGACUUGACUAUCUUCUUUUCGAAGAGGCCACGGGAUACGCCGUCUUCAAGGUGAAGAUGCAACAGGACGAGAUUGGCUCGAGACUCAAGGAGGUCCAGAGCGCCUGUAACGACCUGGCUGCUUUUUCCAAGCUUGUUGAGCUUGUGUCCUUUGCUCCGUUCCAGGGAGCUGCCCAGGCUCUUGAGAACGCCAACGAGAUCAGUGAGGGACUUGUUUCCGACUACUUGAAGUCUGUGAUCGAGUUGAACCUGCCAAAGGCUUCCAAGAAGAACAAGAUUGCUCUUGGUAUUUCUGACAAGGCCCUUGGACCUUCGAUCAAGGAGGUUUUUCCAUACAUCGAGUGCCACUCCAACGAAGUUGUGCAGGAUCUGUUGAGAGGUAUCCGUGUUUUCGGUGCCAAGUUGCUCAAGGGUCUUCAGGAGGGAGACUUGGAAAGAGCCCAGCUUGGUCUUGGACACGCCUACUCCAGAGCCAAGGUUAAGUUUUCUGUUCAAAAGAACGACAAUCACAUCAUCCAGGCCAUUGCUUUGCUCGACCAGUUGGACAAGGACAUCAACACUUACUCCAUGAGAGUCAAGGAGUGGUACGGAUGGCAUUUCCCAGAGCUGGCCAAGAUUGUUCCAGACAACCACCAAUACGCCAAGCUUGUUUUGUACAUCAAGGAUAAGACUUCUUUGACCGAAGACAGUUUGCACGACGUUGCUGCCAUCGUCAACGAGGACGCUGGUGUUGCGCAGGAGGUGAUCGACGCUGCUCGGAUUUCUAUGGGUCAGGACAUUUCUGAGCAAGACAUGGUGAACGUUUUGGCAUUUGCCGAGAGAGCAGUCUCUAUUUCCGAUUACCGCAAGAAUCUCUCUAGAUAUCUGACAGACAAGAUGCACACUGUUGCGCCUAACUUAUCCGAGCUUAUCGGAGAGGUUGUUGGUGCACGUUUGAUUUCGCACGCUGGUUCGCUCACAAACCUUUCCAAACAGGCUGCUUCCACGGUGCAGAUUUUGGGAGCCGAGAAGGCUUUGUUCAGAGCAUUGAAGACCAAGGGAAACACUCCUAAAUACGGUCUGAUCUACCAUUCUUCUUUCAUUGGAAAGGCUUCUGCCAAGAACAAGGGAAGAAUCUCCAGAUACUUGGCCAACAAGUGUUCGAUUGCUUCUCGAAUAGAUAAUUACUCUGACGAGCCAAAUAAUGUUUUUGGCCAGAUCCUUAAGAAACAGGUGGAGCAAAGAUUGGAGUUCUACGACACCGGAAAGUCUCCGAUGAAGAACUCGGAGGCUAUCCAGGAGGCUCUGCAAUUAUCCGGUAAGGACCUGGACUCUGUUUCUGAUAUUAUUGAAAAGCCAGAGAAGAAGGAGAAGAAGGAGAAGAAGGAAAAGAAGGAGAAGAAGGAAAAGAAAGAGAAGAAAGAAAAGAAGGAAAAGAAGAGACACGCUGACGAUUCUGAGGAUGGAGAGAAGAAGAAGAAGAAGAAGUCUAAAGAUUAG